UGCCAUCGUGGCUAUAUCUGUCAUUGACAAUUGUAAAUUUGGCGUAACGUGAGUUGUGUAGUAAGAGAUUGUAGAAAUUAUUAUUCUUUUACACUGUCGACGUAGCGCUGUAUCGAAUUAUAUUCCAAUAUUGGACUCAAAUACCUCUAAUAAGUAAAUAAAAUGGAUCAGAUUGCAAAAUUCGUUGAACCUGGAAAACAAUUCGCUAAAGAUUCUAUAAGAUUAGUUAAAAGGUGUACUAAACCUGAUAGACGAGAGUUCCAGAAAAUAGCGAUUGCUACUGCCAUUGGAUUCUGCAUCAUGGGUUUUAUAGGAUUCUUUGUAAAACUUAUUCAUAUCCCAAUUAACAACAUUAUUGUGGGAUCAUAAAUUAAUUUUUUAUAUUUAUGUUCAUCUUAUUCCUGAACUCAUCAUUUUGUUCUUCAUCAUUUAAAUAGGGAUACAUUUAUACAUAUAGAUAUUUAUGAAACGAUGUUUUUGCAUAAAAUAAAUUCUGUUUUGUAAA